CUACACCUCAUUCCAGCGACUCUCAACCGCUCAUUUUCCAUUCUUCCUCACCCAUACCAGCGACGCAUUCCGACGGUGCCGCUUCUUCCCAAUCUGCAACUCAGCCAUGCUUAAUCGCCCCUGCAACCGCUAAUUGUUCCUUCGUCCUCACCUCAUACCAGUGACCGGCAAAUUCCAUAUCAUCGCGGAAUUAGAAUUCAGUGGUUGAUUCGUCUUCGCCAGUGACUUCCCGACUCUUCCCGAUCCUCUCUGAAUCCCUUCCAGAAGAGUUUGCUGGGUCAACCCAAGAUUGCUAGGUCUGAUGCCCUUUCAGAUCCUUUUCGUCCUUUUCCAUUUUACUUGAUGUUGAUGAUAAUGAUGAUGAUGAUGCUAGAUAAUUUCAGGUUAGAAUCGGUCACAAGGGAUAAUUUUAUUGAUGUAUGCUUGCUUUCAAGAGGGUAGAAUUGAUGAUGGUGCUGCAUAUUUUAGGAAGAUGGUCGAUUCAGGGCUGAGAACGGACUUGCCUGUUUAUGAUAGACUGGUUGAUCAGUUGGUUAAGGCUGGGAAGAUUGACGAGGCAAAAUAGUUGUACGAGCUGAUGGUGAAGAAACAGAGGAUGAAUAAUGAGAGCUAUAAGUUCAUAAUGAAAGCACUAAGUGAUCAUGGGAGGUUGGACAAAGUGCUUCAAUUGGUCGAUGCAAUGGUGGAUAAUGAGGCUAUCAACGUGAAUGAGGAGCUUCAGGAGAUAGUGAAAGGCGAGUUGAACAAGGAAGGGAGAGGAGACGAACUAGACAAUCUUAUGGAAGAAAAAGCUAGGCUAAAGCCUGAAGCGAAAGCGAGAGAAGGGCGAAAAUUACCAUUGCUAAUCUCUUUCCACCUAAGAACAAGGAAGAGGAGACAGGAUCUGCAGAGGGAAAUGAUGUUAAUGCUAAUGAGGCAGCUCCUGCUGCUGCAGAAUCUGCAGCGGGUGAAGACCAACUCAUAGAGAAAGCAGUCUGUUGAUGCAGAAGACUCGAGGGACGAGGUAAGAGCUUGAAAGAUGGUGAAGUACUGUUCUUUGCCACCCCUUUAUCAAGCCAUGUUAAGGUCAUUCAUCUGAUUUUGAUAUAUAUUGCUGCCAUGUAAUUAAACAAUAGCUGGGAAAUGAGGUGGGAGUUUGAAUUCUAGGCGCAGUGAGUAGAAUGUGGUUACUUUGAAGGAUUUCAAUGUUGGAUGAUACCCAAGUUUGUAGUUGCGCCUUCUGUUAAUUUCUAUGUGCACUUCCAUAAGUUGUUCUGUUCUGCAAUUACCUGCUGCAUUUGGUUGUAUAUUGAUUGACCUUCCUUCAGCUCCUGAUCUAUUGCUACGGUGGCGAUUUGAACAAUCUAUGGUACAUAUAUAAAAUAUCUUUUUUCGG